AUCACUCUGCUAAUAAGCUGCCCCGGCCUCCCCUCAAGUUCUCUCUCUCUAUCGCAAGCGGCCACCUUGCACCCCUGGCCAGUCCCAUCCACACCACCCAAUCCUGCUGCGUUCUAUAUAAGCUGCUGGAGCAUCUUGUGCUUUGUUCGAUACUAGCGGCCACGUACGUACAAUGCCUCCUAACGCCGAGGACGUGCACGGAAGCGGCGGCGGCGGCGCCCUCGCCACGACGGCCCCUGCGGCGUCCAAGAUGGACUGCUUCUUGACCACCGUCUGCACGCCGCUCGACCUCCAGUUCAUCGACGUGUCGUACCGCGUCAAGCAGACGGAGCGGUCGGCGUCCAAGGCGCCGCCGGGCGGCCGGAUAUCACACUCGGGUCCCGGCGCCCCCGCGACGGCGGAGGAGCGGACGAUCCUCAAGGGGAUCACCGGCGAGGCGCGUCCGGGGGAGGUGCUAGCGGUGCUGGGCCCAUCGGGGAGCGGCAAGUCGACGCUGCUGUCCAUCCUGGGGGGCCGGCUGGCGGGCCGCCACAGCGGGACGGUCCUGGCGGGCGGGCGCCCUCCGUGCCGCGCCGUGCAGCGCCGCACGGGGUUCGUGGCGCAGGACGACGUGCUGCACCCGCACCUGACGGUGCGCGAGACGCUGGCCUUCUGCGCCAUGCUGCGCCUCCCGCGGUCCGCGCCGGCGUCCGCCAAGGCCGCCGCGGCCGAGGCCGUGAUCGCGGAGCUGGGCCUCGCGGCGUGCGCCGACACCGUCGUCGGGAACGCCUUCGUGCGCGGCGUGUCCGGGGGGGAGCGCAAGCGCGUCAGCAUCGGGCACGAGCUGCUGGUGAACCCGAGCCUGCUGGUCCUCGACGAGCCCACGUCGGGGCUGGACUCCACCGCCGCGGCGCGCCUCGUGGCGACGCUGUCGGCGCUGGCAAGGAAGGGACGCACCGUCGUCCUGUCCGUGCACCAGCCCUCCUCCCGCGUCUACCGCAUGUUCGACUCCGUGCUGCUGCUCGCCGAGGGCAGCUGCCUCUACUUCGGCGCCGGCCGCGACGCCAUGGACUACUUCGCCUCCGUCGGCUUCGCGCCGGGCUUCCACGUCAACCCGGCCGACUUCAUGCUCGACCUCGCAAAUGGUUUUGCUCAAGCUGACUACAACGUCGUCACGGCAGAAGGCGGCAACAACGUGAAGCAGUCGCUCAUCUCGUCCUACAGCAAGGUGCUGGCCCCACGGGUGAAGGCCUCCAUCGACGACGCUGCGGGCCACGCGCAGAACGGCGGCGGCGAGCCGCUGCUGCUGCCGCCGGUGGGGAGCGGGUGCACGAGCUGGUGCAACCAGUUCUCGGUCCUGCUCCGGCGCAGCCUCAAGGAGCGGCGGCACGAGACGUUCACGUCGCUGCGCGUGGUCCAGAUCAUGGCGCCCGCGCUGGUGGCGGGCGCCAUGUGGUGGCGGUCGUCGCCGCUGGCGGUGCAGGACCGGCUGGGCCUGCUCUUCUUCGUCUCCAUCUUCUGGGGCGUCUUCGCCUCCUUCAACGCCGUGUUCGCGUUCCCGCAGGAGCGGCCCGUGCUGGCGCGGGAGCGCGCCUCGGGGAUGUACGCGCUCUCGUCCUACUUCAUGUCGCGCAUGGCCGGGGACCUGCCCAUGGAGCUCGCCCUGCCCACCGCGUUCACCGUCGUCGUCUACCUCAUGGCGGCGCUCAACCCGUCCCCCGCCGCGUUCGCGCUCACGCUCGCCGUCAUCCUCGCGUACGUGCUCGUCGCCGAGGGGCUGGGGCUGGCCGUCGGCGCCGCCAUGAUGGACGCCAAGCGCGCGUCCACGCUGGUCACGGUCGUCAUGCUGGCGUACCUGCUCACCGGCGGCUUCUACGUCCACAACGUGCCGGGGUUCAUGGUGUGGGCCAAGUACACCUCCUUCACCUACUACUGCUACCGCCUGCUCAUCGCCGUGCAGUACGGCGGCCACCUCAAGCGCCUGCUCCCGCCGGAGGCCGUCGACGGCGAGGCCGGGCCUGGGGCGUGCAUCGCCGCGCUCGUCGCCAUGUUCUUCGGCUACCGCCUGUUGGCGUACCUCGCGCUGCGACGCGUCAGGAAGUGAUCUGAUGACCUGAACGUGAACCCCGUCGUCGAUCAGCUGUUGUAGCUAGCUAGGGACGUGUGACUUGUCCAUUAACUAAUCAGGCGAAUCGGCUUGGUACGAUCAAACACUUCGUCCGGCGGCUGCACGCGGCGAACCGACCGAGAUCCGGAGGGCUGGCGGGCGUCGAAGGAGAUGACUUUGGCGCGGUUGUUGUUGGCGUCACCGGCCGGGGAUCGACGAGGUCGUCCGUCGUCUUCUUCUCCAACGAUUUGUUGCUUUUCCCCCUUUUUUUCUCCAUCGAUCGAGAUGCCUUGUUUGCAAGUGUAUUAUAUAUUCAUCAAUCAGCGAGUGUAAGCUCAAGCUGUGAUAUAUAGCUGAUUUGGGCUUCUUGAUCUACGAAUAACGGAAUGUACAUGCAUGAUGGCUACAAAUUUA